ACUAAAUUAAGAUUUAUAUUAAAAUAUUGGUUGGAAAAUAAUAAUUUCUAGAAUAUUAAUAGAAUUAACAGAAUUUUACUUUUAAAUAUAAUUUAAAUUUAAAAUUUUUAUUGUUUUACAUGGUGUAGGAAACACCUUGUAAAAUAGUAAAUGUAGUAUUCCAAAUCCUGACAAAAUCAAAUUGAAACGAAUAUAAUAUUUAAAGGCCAAACAGAACGAAACUAAAUAAUAUUAUAUAUAUUAUAUUUUUAUAGUAGGUAAAUUUAAAGAUUGAGGAAAAAAUGCAUCAAACAGUAAGCCAAAUUUCAUCUAUAGACAAGUCAUGUUAUUUUUUAAAUAAUUAAAAUAAAAGAUUAAUAAUUAAAGGCAACACUAGAGAAGCGACUUCAAAGCCGCCGCGUUAGGGUUGUCCUUGGCCGGUGAUUCGUCACCGUGUCUAUGGGAUGCCCUGUUUUCAUGUUCUUUGUCUUUUUCUUUAGCUUGUGUUUUCCUUGGCUUGUGUUUUUUCUGAUAGGCUUUGGGUCCUGUGAAAAGGUGCGAUUGAAGUUUGUGCUCGACAAGAUGUGAUCUUUUCCCAGCUCUUCUUUCUGUUCUCAGUGGUGGGUUGGUGAUGACAAGCCUCGGUUUGUCUCUGAGUCUCUCUGUUUUCGCAGAUCUGGGGAGGGUUGAAGAUCUAGGGUUUGCGGGUCUUGUUGCUUUAGUGAGCUCUAAGAUCUUGGGUUUGGAGUCCUGCUGUGAUUGAUCUUAAUUUUUGAUUCCUCCGUCCUCUCCAAUGGUCAGCCUUCUUAUUGGUCUCUGUCAGCCUUGCUUGUUCGUUUCUUAGCCUUAUGCUUAACUAGUAGGGAGUUUCAGAUGUUGUUUCUGGUCUUGGCCUGUGAUCCUUUUGUUGUCCUCUGUUUGGUUUGGUGGCUAGUAUCGGCUCCUAAAUGUUUUCUGGUAUGCGGUGGUUGUACUUUGCCGGUUCAGAUGUGGGGUCUUCAUUUUCUUGGAGCUGUCAGGCAGCCUAUCAAGCGAGGCAGCAAAAGUUUUAGGCCUUUAAUCUCCAGUAGCGUCUUCAUGUGAUGGUUGAGCUCUUACGGUUUCAAUCUCUUCCAUCCUUUUUAUUAUUGUAUUGGUUUGAUCUGGUAUGAAUCAACUGAGUGUGGGUUAUGCAAAACGGCUUGGUUCUUGUAUCAAUAAAUGUGGAGGGUCUCUGCUUUGGUUUGCGACAAGAGUGUCAUCCCCGGUUCUCCUUUGAAGAUCCAAAUGGUAUAAAUUGUGUUACGAUAUAGCUGGAGCUGAUGGAAGUACCGGCUUAAGGUUGUGCGAGCUUUGAGGUCUCUGCUAAAUUGGUUCUUUGGUUCUUAGGAUAGGAAGUAACUUCAAGUCAACAAACAAGAGUCUCCGGCUUGUUUCUAUUCGUUCUUUGAAGACCGGCGCGCUCUUUCCCAGUGGUCGCUAUCAUCAGGACAUCCAUUUCAGUUCUCUAUUAUGAGUUUCUAAGCUUAAGUUUUAGUAACCCACCUUUACGUUUUAUUCAUGCUUUUAUAGUUUCGUCCGGCUCUGGAAAGAUUGUGAUCCUUGCCGGCUUAUGGCUCUGGAAGGAAUGUGUUCCUUGCCGGCUUGUGUAAAAACUUUCAUGUUUUCAAAUUAAUCCAUCAGAAGACAAAAAAAAAAAAACUUAUCUGUUAAAAUUAUAAACUGAGCCCGACCUGAAGACUUUCAGAACAUUUGGUAUUUUGCAAACUAAGAGUAGAAUUUGCUACUUAUAUACUGUUAUAUAAUCUGCUACUCCUUAGACACAAAACCAACAGUACUUCAUCUGUUGAACCUCCCACAGAGUCUCAAUCCACCAAUGAAGCUACUACAGAGCAAGAAAAAAAGUUAUCAUGGAAGUUAAAACUCAUCAUGGGAGUUUCAGCAGCUUCUUUAGUGAUGAUCAUUAUUAUGGUGGCCAUAAUAGUAAGGACAAGGAAUGAAAGAAAAAAUGAGCGGAAUACCGAAAAUGUUGAAGCAAUUGUAAUGUUGAAACGAUACAGUUAUGCUCCAGUCAAGAAGAUGACAAAUUCAUUUGCGCAUGUUCUCGGGGAAGGAGGCUUUGGAACUGUAUAUAAAGGGAAAUUACCGGAUGGAAACCAAGAUGUUGCAGUGAAGAUUUUAAAAGAGUCAAAGGGGAAUGGAGAAGAGUUCAUCAAUGAAGUAGCUAGCAUGAGUAGAACAUCCCAUGUUAAUAUCGUUUCUUUGCUUGGAUUCUGUUAUGAAGGAAACAAGAGAGCUAUAAUCUACGAGUUCAUGUCAAAUGGAUCCCUAGACAAGUUUAUUUCCGAGAAUAUGUCAGAUAAGAGGGAAUGGAAAAAGCUACAUGAUAUUGCGUUAGGUGUCUCUCGUGGCCUAGAGUAUUUGCACAAUAGUUGUGUGUCAAGGAUUGUACAUUUCGACAUAAAGCCGCAAAACGUACUCAUGGACAACGAUCUUUGUCCCAAGAUUUCUGAUUUCGGUCUUGCUAAGCUCUGUAAAAACAAAGAGAGCAUCAUAUCCAUGCUAGACGCAAGAGGAACGGCAGGAUACAUCGCUCCUGAAGUGUUUUCGAAGAACUUUGGAGGAGUUUCUCAUAAGUCAGAUGUGUAUAGUUAUGGGAUGGUGGUUCUUGAGAUGAUUGGAGCAAGGAAUAUAGAUAAGGCUGAAAAUUCUGGAUCCAACAAUAGUUCAAUGUACUUUCCAGAUUGGAUCUAUAAGGAUUUUGAGAGGGGAGAAAUCAUGACGAUUUUUGGAGAUCAGAUAACCAAAGAAGAAGAGAAAAUUGCAAAGAAAAUGGUAUUGGUUGGUCUAUGGUGUAUUCAAACAAAUCCAUCUCUUCGUCCAGCAAUGAUCAAAGUCAUUGAAAUGUUAGAGGGCAGUAUCGAAGCUCUCCAGGUUCCACCUAAGCCUCUCUUAUGUUUACCCGCAAUGGUUCCAGAAACUGUUGAAGAUAGUAAUGAAACUUCAAGCUUCUCUAACCCAAGUCAGUUUGAAAGAGGUUCUCUUUCAGCUUCUGAAGAUACUUUACGAUUUCCAACAAAGAGUUUCAAAAACCUGAUGAAGGAAGUCGAAAGUAGUUCAAAGCCUUCCUCAAAUAAAGUCAGCAAAGCGAGUGAAUCUCUUACAUAAAACCUGUCAUUAUCUAUUUGUCUCGGUUGUUUAUAUAGAAUUAUUAGGUCGGGCCGCCCUACGGACGGGAAGUUAUAAUAAAAAUUAUUUCAUAUUAACUUAUAAAGUAUUUAAAAAUUAUUAUAGAUAAAAAAAUUAUAAACAAACAAAUGAUGAAAAAAUUAUGAGAUCAUAAUGAUAAAUAUUUUUGUUUUGAAUUAUAACGACAAUAAAUAUCAUUAUAUUUUUAAUAUUUAUUUUAGUUUCAAAUGUUUCGUUUUAUAAUAUAUAGUAAUCAUUAUUGAAUUGUCUAGACUAUUUUUAUUUUCUAAUAACGAAUUUCGUAACACACGAAUUAUAUACCUAAAUUUUUUAAACUUAUAAAAAAUAUAUGUAAUACUUGCAUUGUACAAUAUAUUUAAUUUAAUUCUAAAUUUUGAAUAGUCUAUUGGUUUGACUUUGCUCUUUGAGUGGGUUAAAUUGAUCCAUAAUUAUUGUCUUUUUUUGUCCUUUUCAUUUGUUUCAUAAUGAUCGUCUUUUUAUGAAAAUAAAAACCUAUCAAGUUCACUACUAUUUACGUAAAAUGUGCUAGCUUGAAUCGUCAAAGGCAAAGUCAACAUAACAAAAAAGUUCAUUAUGAGUGUAAUGAAUUGAUUUUUUAUAUAAAUUUGGAAUUAAUUUAACCCUGAAGUAAUUUUAUAAUUUCAUUUGCUCUGGACUCGAUCCCUUUGAGAUACUCGAUCAAGAUUCGCUGCUGGUAUGAACCUCCUUCCUGGUAGGGACAUCAAAAUUUCAAUGGUUAAGUGUGAGGAAUUUUAAAACCGGAUCAAACAAUUGUAUUAUCAUCUGGUUUAGAUUUAAACCCAAAUUAAACUCGGUUAGCGUGUUAGACUUUCUUUCACAUUGUUGUGUUUUUUUUAUUAUAUGUAUAGAGAGACAUUAUAUAAAACAAAGUUUAUGUUGCUUACAGUUCAAAUCAGCGUGCGCUCAAUUGGUUUCUUUAUAACAGCAGAAAGCUCUUCAAGCGUUACUUCACCUUUCCCGAGUGUUAACCCCUCUAAGAAAAACUUGUUCCAUUGUUCCUCGGGAGCUGGAAAGACAUAAUAAACCAAAUGUGAACUUCUUUGUGUCGACUGACUACAUGGAAAAUAGGGUUGCACAAAGAGACCUUUGAUCAGAUUUUCCAGUAAAUGGUCCGCCUUUACAACUUGGUUCCCUGUGAUCGGAUGCAAACGUGAUGAGAUUCUGUUUGUGGAUAAUGGAAGCUUAGAGUGAGCGAGUGACUUAAGAAAUGUACCUUUCUUUGCGUAGCUACGCUUGGAGAGGACCGUAGCAGCAUAGAGUUGUAGAACUUUCUGAAGCUUAGCCGCAAGCCUUGGUUUGUCUUUAUCUUCUUUUGCGUGAAAACAACCUUCAGCUUCUCAAACUAUCAUUAAAAAAAAUACAUUGAUACUCUAUUAAAGGAGAUACUUUUUGAAAUAAAAAUCACUAUCUUACACGUGAAAACAACAAUCAUAACACUUUACUUGCCGUAGCUGAGCACUAACUUCUGGAAGAAACCCUUCGUCUAAUUGCCCUUCUUUUUCCCGUUAUAUCAUUUCAUGUUAAUACAUUGAUAUCAUCAGUACCUUUGUAUACAAGAUGUUGAACAUGUCUUGGUCAAAGGAAAGUGAACAUAUGUGUACACACCUUUUCCAUUUGAUUGAUAGCUUCAGGAUCUCUUGGAGGCCAUGAAAUUUCUUCCACUCCUUCCACAACAGGUCUUAAUAUCCCUUUCAGAACAUCAGUAGACGACUCUAUCUUCUCCUACAAACAUGGAUACAAUAAACUCUCAGUCAACUAACAAAAACCGGAUAUGUAAGGAAAUGGAAAAAUAAAAGAAAGAGAAGAAAAAAAACCGGAGUCUUAUUCACAACGCAGUCAACUAUGGCCAUCACAGUUGCACCUGCAAAGAGACAUAAACGGAAAAGAGAGCUUUUGAAAAUCUGCUUACUGAUUGAAAUAAUAAAGAAGAAUAGAAACGCUUGUCUUGUCAUCAAAUAAUAAAUAAUAAAGAAAAAUAAAGAUUCCCCUUGCAACAUAGUUUAAAAGAGCACUUGCCGGAUUUGAGGUCCGAGAAAAAAGCUCUUUAAUUAGCCAUUUCAAAAUAUUUCAGUAUGAGAUGUAAGAGAUAGGAAGAAGAGAUGUGUUCAAGAGGAAGGAUCCCACCUCUAUUUAUACAGAUCCUGGCACCGCCUCUAAGAUCGAAAGGAAGAUUUGAAUACACAUCGUGAUGGAGCCAAUAAAUAGGAUUUAUGAGAAAGCCAUUAACAACACCGUUUCAGGUUGCAGAAGAAGCGCAGAGGUCACCGGCUGCCGCACAUCGAGAAAAGACGAACUCAUUUCCUUCGAAGCGGAGUAUUAGGGCUAGGGGGAUCUCCUUCACGUUGGCCCAGACCCUUACCAAUUAAACAGCCCAAUAUCACCAUAUAUGUCAAACGAAGGCCAAAAAAAUAGAUAUUAAAUGAAGAGCUGCGUUUUGGAUGCAGAGACAGGUGUCGCGCAAACAGAAACCGACUUUCCAAGCUGGCAUCCCAUGUGGCGCAAAGAGUAGGGAUUAAACCCUGUUUUAUACAUAUAGAUAGAUAUGUGAUUGAAUUGAUUAUAUACUUAUGAUUUUUUUUUAGGACUAAUUCCAACUAUUGGUAGAUUUCAUAAUCUUCUUUUUCUUAAAUAAAUAUCCAAUACGGUUUCCAUGGCUGUUUAAUGUCAUUUUUAUCAAUCUUAUGUUCACUGGGUGGUUUUACCGAGUACAAGAGACGGAUAGGACGAAUUAU